UAAGAUACCAUCGAGGCUUUUGAAAGUGAAAUUGCUCCACUGAUGAACAAAACAUCGCUGCUUGCCGUACUAUGAUUCGCGCUCUUCGUACUUGCAUUCAGAGAUUAAAUUCCUGCAAUUCGAAUUUUGGCAUCUCGACUUCAUCCCUUGCAGCAGAAGCUGAUCUUCUGUUUGAAUGUAAUAACCUUAAUCAGCGUUCUCAAACCUUACCUUCUUCAUUGACGAUCCCAUUGUAUAAGCUAAUAGACCGAUAUAAAAGAUCUCGGUCUCCCACACCUGCCUCUCUUCGACACAAAGAACCGCUUAGUAACCCGUUUCCCAGUUCUGAAACUCAUUAUGAGGAUCUUGCUCGUCAAUAUGCGGGUUCUUCUGACCCCAAAGAUGCCAAGAGACUUCAUUUACAGAUUAUCAAGGUUGGACUUGUUGGCAACUUAUUCUUGCCGAACACACUCAUCACGUUGUAUGCAAGAAUGGGUAAUUUGGUGGCUGCCCAUGACCUGUUUGAUGAAAUGCCUGAAAGAAACGUUGUAACAUGGAAUUGCUUGAUUUCAGGCUAUGUGCAGCAGGGCAUGUCGAACGAGGCUUGUCGUCUGUUCCGGUCGAUGUUAUGUGCGGGAUUUGUGCCCACACACUAUGAACUUGGUAAUGCACUCCGGGCAUGCCAGGAUUCUGGCCCUCGUGGUCUUCAUUUUGGUAUGCAAUUACAUGCGCUGAUUUUGAAAUCACAGUAUGCGUUGGACGUUGUAGUGUGUAACGGAUUGAUAUCGAUGUACGGGAGUUGUUGCUUAGAUUUUGCAGUUUAUGCCCACCGUGUUUUUGAUGAAAUGCAGUUGAAAAACUCAAUAUCUUGGAAUUCUAUCAUUUCUGUAUAUUCUCAGAGAGGAGAUGCAUUUUCUGCAUUUUGGCUUUUCUCGGCAAUGCAACGGGAGGGUUUGGGUGUCAGUUUCAAGCCUAGCGAGUAUACUUUUGGCAGCCUGAUAACCACUGCUUAUUCUACUUCAAGUGAUUCUGGUUUGUUUCUCCUUGAACAAAUCCUCAAUCGAGUUACAAAAUCUGGUUUUUUGAGUGAUUUGUAUGUGGGUAGUGCUUUGGUUAGUGGAUUUGCAAGGUUCGGAUUACUUGAUAAUGCUAAGAAGAUUUUCAAACAGAUGAGUGAAAGAAAUGCAGUUUCCAUGAAUGGCCUGAUGGUUGGUUUGGUGAGGCAGAAGCGAGGAGAAGAAGCAGCUCAGGUUUUCUGUGAGGCAAGUGAUUUGGUGGGGAUAAAUUGCGAUUCGUAUGUGAUUCUUCUCAGUGCUUGUGCUGAGUUCAAGGUGCCGAAAGAGGGGAGGAGAAAGGGCAGAGAAGUGCAUGCAUAUGUACUCAGAACUGGGCUGAAUGACAUCAAGGUUGCAAUUGCAAAUGGGCUGGUCAACAUGUAUGCCAAAUGUGGUGCCAUUGCUGAUGCCUUUAGAGUUUUUAAGCUCAUGGGUGUUAAAGACUUGGUUUCUUGGAAUUCCAUAAUCUCUGGUCUCGACCAGAACAGAUGCUUCAGAGAGGCAGUGGGGAGCUUCUAUGAAAUGAGGAGAAGUGGAUUGAUUCCAUCAAAUUUUACAUUAAUAAGCACUUUGAGUUCGUGUGCUAGCUUGGGUUGCACCCAAUUGGGGGCACAAAUACACAGUGAAGGGAUCAAAUUGGGUCUUGAUUUGGAUGUUUCGGUUUCUAAUUCCCUCCUUGGUUUGUAUGCAGAAACUGGGUAUGUCACUGAUUGCCAGAAAGUAUUUUCUUUGAUGCCAGAUUAUGAUCAAGUUUCAUGGAAUAGUAUGAUUGGGGCAUUUGCUGAUUCAGAUGCAUCUAUCUCUGGAGCUAUAGAAUACUUCUUAGAUAUGAUGCGAGCUGGCUGGAGUCCAAAUAGAGUGACCUUCAUAAACAUUCUUGCAGCAGUGUCAUCACUUUCCAUCCAUGAGUUGUGCCAGCAGGUUCAUGCCCUAGCACUAAAAUAUUGUGUUGCUGAUGAUACUGCUAUCGAGAAUGCAUUUCUCUCUUGCUAUGGGAAGUGUGGGGAGAUGGAUGACUGUGGGAAGAUCUUUUCCAGUAUGUCGGAGAGGAGGGAUGAAGUAUCUUGGAACUCCAUGAUUGCUGGAUAUAUCCAUAAUGGGUUUUUGUCAAAGGCCAUGGAUCUGGUUUGGCUUAUGAUGCAAAGGGGACAGCGACUAGAUUGUUUCACUUUUGCCACAGUUCUCAGUGCAUGUGCUUCUGUUGCAGCAUUAGAGCGUGGUAAGGAGAUUCAUGCCUGUGGGAUAAGAGCUUGUCUUGAAACUGAUAUUGUAGUUGGGAGUGCACUUGUUGAUAUGUAUGCGAAAUGUGGAAGGAUAGACUAUGCCUCAAAUGCCUUUCAGUUAAUGCCAAUGAAAAAUGAGUUUUCUUGGAAUUCGAUGAUAUCAGGCUAUGCACGGCAUGGUUGUGGUGUAAAGGCAUUACAGUUAUUCACUGAAAUGCUGCAAGAAGGUCAACCCCCAGAUCAUGUCACGUUUGUUGGUGUCUUAUCUGCAUGUAGCCAUGUCGGAUUGGUUGAUGAAGGUCUUUGGCAUUUUGAAUCCAUGAGCAAUAAAUAUGGCUUGGUUCCUCGGAUGGAGCAUUAUUCAUGCAUGGUGGAUCUCCUUGGGCGGGCAGGUCAGCUUACUAUGGUAGAGGAAUUUGUUAGAAGGAUGCCUAUGAGGCCUAAUAUUCUUAUGUGGAGGACGAUUUUGGGGGCUUGUUGCAGAGCAAAUGGUGCUAACACAGAAUUGGGAAGGCAUGCUGCAGAGAUGCUUUUGGCUUUGGAACCUCAAAAUGCUGUAAAUUAUGUUCUUGUUUCAAAUAUGUUUGCAUUUGGAGGGAGGUGGGAUGAUGUGGCAAAGGCUCGGGCUGCAAUGAGGGAGGCCUCAGUGAAGAAGGAAGCUGGGUGUAGUUGGGUAACUAUGAAAGAUGGGGUUCAUGUGUUUGUAGCAGGUGAUAAAUUGCACCCAGACACAGAAAAAAUCUAUGAAAAACUAUGGGAGCUGAAUAGGAAAAUGAGGGAUUUGGGUUAUGUGCCUCAGACGAAAUUUGCUUUGUAUGAUCUUGAAGUGGAGAGCAAGGAAGAACUACUGAGCUGUCAUAGUGAGAAGCUUGCAGUUGCUUUUGUUCUCACCCGCACAUCAGCAUUGCCUGUCAGGAUUAUGAAAAAUCUUCGAGUCUGUGGUGAUUGUCACUCUGCCUUUAGAUAUAUAUCUAAGAUUGUUGGACGGCAAAUAAUUUUACGGGACUCGAACAGGUUUCAUCAUUUUAUUGAUGGGAAGUGUUCAUGCGGGGAUUACUGGUAACUGGCUUCAUGACUGACCAGUACCUUGUUUUGGAGAGGUUCUGCAUAUGGGACUCUACUAAUGUUAAUGACAAACGGCUAACUGUUUUGUUGAAUGAGCAAGCCAAUUUUUUUUGGUCCCAAUAGCAAUGCAGCGUUGUCACAGCAAUGGGCCACCAAUUCAGAGCAGCAAGCAAUGGGAUGUAGAAUCUUUUCUAAUAGAACCUCUGCUUCUCUCCAUUUCUCAACCUUGUUUUCUAUCCUACAAAUGCGACAUGUCUACAUUGCUUUUGUCAUCAUUUGCAG